GAAUUUGUCCUCCUCAAAAUCCUGCCCAAAUGCCCGGCUGCCCGCCAUACCUGCAAGCUGUCAACCAAACCCGAAACCUCCAUACGUGCAAUCGAUGCCGCUUUGGGAUUGUAACCCAAACUCAACUCAAAUAUUUAAUGCAUACGCUUCGCGCCUUGGCCGGAGCGGCUAGAUUUCCCGGAGGAACAUAGAAGAAAGGGGGAUAACACGGCGGAGGUCCAUUCAUCUGUGCUCGCAUUUCUGGAAGUAAGGUAAAGCAGUGUAGCGAUCAUUUUAUCGUAAUUGGGGAAAUGAAAUAUUGGGGCGGGAUGUGGCCGUCGGAAUCGGGAAUUGGAUUGCUGGUUUCGUCGCCGGGAAAGUUCUGGGAAGAAAGGAUUGAUGGAGGAGGAGGAGCAAGGGGAUGGACUCUGAGCGGCUGUUCAUAUGCCUGUACUAUGGGGGUCGUGCUCAUCAUACUAACUUGCCAAUUGCUCAACAGAAUUCGCUCUUCCCGUCUCCGAUUGUCGUUGUCUUCUUCUUCUUCUUCUUCUUCCUUUUUAUGCAAAUCCGCCGGUAAAGGAGAUGUUGCUCCUCCAUGUUCCGGCACUAACCGCGAGCCUGCUGCACACAUUUCUUCAUCCCUUCUCCCCCAAUCUAGGAUUUCUACAAUUAUAUCUGAUUUGGACCUGAAGGAUUUGAUAGAAAACUUGGACGAGAAGCUCAACUGUAAUGAGAAGUGGGAACAUGUCAUUGACCGAAGAGCUGAUCUUUUUUCCUACACUGCAAAGUGUUGUAAGCCAAAGGAUGGGCCUCAUAAGUAUAUAAGUGGUACAGUAUUUGAAAAUUGCUCCAUUGAAUUGCUGAGAGAUUUCUACAUGGAUUAUGAUUUCCGGCAAACAUGGGAUAAAACCCUAUCCGGGCAUGGACAAAUACAAGUGGACACAGGUAGUGGAACUGAAAUUGGCUGGAUGAUAAAAAAGUUCCCCCUCAUGACUCCUAGAGAGUAUGUAAUAGCUUGGAAAUUGUGGGAAGGCAGUGAUGGAUCAAUAUACUGUUUUAGCAAGGAGUGUGAACAUCCUUUAAUCCCGAGACAGAAGAAGUAUGUACGGGUUGCACUGUUCAGGUCUGGUUGGAGAAUCAAGAAAGUUUCUGGUAGGAAUGCCUGUGAGAUCAAAAUGGUGUACCAAGAAGAUUCUGGUAUGAAUGUUGAAAUGGCAAGGCUAGCCUUUGCAAAGGGCAUAUGGAGUUAUAUUAGCAAGAUGCAUACUGCAUUUCGUAAAUACUCAACUAUUGGCCAUUCUCAACUAAAUUCUGGUGUGACAGCAAUCACAUUAAUUCAGAAGGUCCCACCUGAAUUGGAGGCUAUUAGCAACACAACCGACGCAAUACAUCCCGGAACCUCCACAAGCAGUGCACACCUCCAUCAUGGAUUGCCACAUGAAACGAGUGCAAGGAAAUUAUUGAGUAAGCCAUCAAUUAAAUUGAUGAAAAGUGCAUUUAUUCUAAUUGGAGGUGCAAUCUGUUUGUCUCGCGGCCAUUCCAACUUGGGCGUGAAGGUCGCCAUGGCAUGCAUCUUGGGGAAUCUCACCAAGCAAAAUGCUUCAGCCUUCAAGAAGCAAAAGAGCAAGGAGAGAGGCGGCCUAGCAGGUCUUACUAGUCAUGAAGAUUGUGGGACAAUCCAGUAACCUACCUAUAGCUGAUGGCAUCGGCUUUGUAUAAUUACGGGCUGCCUAAUUGCUGGAAAUUGCUAGUUUAACAUUGCUUCUUUGUCUGCUAAUACAACCCAUGUAUUUGUAAUUAUUAUUUGAUCUGUCCAUUAUGAGAUCAUUUAAAAUAGAAUGUAUAGUUUAAAAACUUGUCUUCUACAGUUCUACUUGCUACAAUUUAAGCUUUACUUGGAAAGUAGUACUCCAGUACGGAGCAGUAUACUCCAAUUCCCUUGUACUCAA